UAUACAAUAACAAUGCUUCAGUCAGACUGAAUUGUUGUAUCCACAGCAGGGUAAUAAUACCACGGUCUAUGUGGCACGGGAACCCAGAUCACAUGCCUCCUCAUUGAAAUGUCAGAAAUAUCAAGUUGGCACAGUCGACACAGUUUUGAGUUGAGGUUAUUAUGCAACAUAUAGAAUGCAGCGUAUGAGACUUGAUCGAUAUUCGCAAAGUUCCAAAGAGAAAGAGAUACGGGAGAAGGAAGAUCGCAGCCUCUGUGACGUUUCCAACUAUCACAGUACCGCUUUCUUACUUUAAUACAGUGGAACUCAAGGGAACGGCUACAGUUGUAGUCAGAGACAGCCUGACAGAACCGAGAUUCUUGCCUGAAUUGUGGAUGACCAAUGCGAGUUGUAGUCUAACGGCCGUUACCACAACGAAUCCGUUUCAAGAUGGCCGCUUAUGAAUUGACGUAUUUUAAUGACACCGUCAAGGGAGAUAACUCCACUCUUACUCAGGCACUGGAUCCGAUGAUAAUUUUACAAUCGCUCAACCACAAGAAAUCCAUUCUGUUGGCACCUGCGAUAGCGUACACUGUUGUGUUGAUGACUAUCGGGAUUAUUGGAAACCCAAUUGCCAUUUUUAUCUACGCCUUUCGCUGGCCGCGAACGACCACCAAGUGCUUUUUGCUCUGCCUGGCUGUACUGGAUUUAUGCAACUGUCUCAUCACCAUGCCAACAGAGAUAGCCCUAAUGGUGAACUUUUAUUACUUCAAUAACAGCGUUAUUUGUAAAAUAUCCCGUUUCACCACUUACACGAUGAACAAUGCCUCGGUUUUCGUGCUCCUUGUUGUUGCCAUCGACCGGUUUAUAAGGAUAUGUUUGCCUCAUGAUCAGCCAAUCAGCAUUAGAGGAUCAAAGAUUGCAUGUGGCGUUUCUGUGAUUGUGGGAGUGGGUGUGUCAUGGCCUGCCCUCGUGAUUUACGGACGGAAAAACGUGGAUAUUCCUAUUCCCGGUGGCCCUGUAAUAACAGCCGUCAUGUGUCAGGUAGAACAUAAAUAUUCCACAACGCCUUAUCCCCUCGCGUUCAUGAUCUACCUGUGGGUGGCGUUCUGCUUGAUCGCAGUCGUCAUGGCGGCCAUAUAUAUUAUGAUAGGAAGGGAGAUAAUCAAGAGGAAAAGGAUGAAGAAGCAGCGCGGGGUUACUACGUCAUCGCAUCUUAAGAAAUUACGUAACGAGAGCGCAAGCACCACCAAUAACGACUCCACACCAACGUCACCACUAACAACAUCGCCCCAGUGUACCUUUCCCACUUCGCCGACAACGCCACCUACCAGCAUUCCGAGCAAUGACAGCACCAACAGCGCCGCCACGUUGCUCAAGGGCAGACUACCGGUGCUGUCGACAUUCAAACUCAGUAAAGGCAAAUUACGGCCAGGAAAGACAACUGUCAUGUUAUUCGCCAUAACUAUGGUCUACAUCUUGAGUUUUCUCCCCUUUCUCAUCAUAGGGAUAAUUCGAUUACGGAUCGGGGCCAGGUUUUAUCCGAACUUAAGCGGACCAGAAGAAGUGGCUGUGAACAUAUUUCUGAGAUCCUAUUUGGUGAACAACUGCGCCAAUCCUGUCGUAUAUGGACUCUGCAACUCUCAGUUUAGAAAAGAGUUUUGUGACUUAUUCAGAUUCCGGUGUAAAAAACAAAGUUCCGGGUUAUAAUGGGAAAUAGAGUGAGGGUAUUUUUUCCACUGAAUUAACCCACAGUAGUGAAUCUCCACGUCAUUAACAGCAAGGUCAAUUCGUGUCACAACAUAUAAGUCAAACAAUGCCAAGAAGCAAGAGUUGAUAGUAGGCUGUGAAUGGAUCGUUUAUAUAGUCGCCAUUGCCUGGCAGUAUACGGUGUGAAUUGUUAUUUCAGCGAUAUGAAUCUCUGGUGUCACAGAAAUCAACAGGAUUACCUCCCUUUAUUUUGACUUCUUCGGAGCUGACUGCGGCUUCAAUCUUUCCUCAUUCACCAGCCAGUGCUGCAACCAGGGAUAGUGACACCAGCCUCCAGAGACACAAAGUCUAAAUCUUGUCCGUAUUUUGUUUCACGGAGAAUACAAAGACUCGACACCAGGUUAAAACUGUCGAUUUCUAACACCAUAGAUGUUUAGUAUUCUUUUUGGCUUUCUUGGUAUAAAAACGAUCGAAAGUGUUUUAGUGAUCGCGAGUACG